AUGACUAAAAGGGGCAAGAAGAACGCAAUAGAGGUAGCCGAUGAGGACCUGAGCAUGCAGGAUCGAAUUCUCUCCCACAUCAAGGGCUCGCGUGCUUCUACCACCAAGAAGCCACCGUACACCGAAGAACAACUCAUCGCCAUGGCUUUGACCAUGUUUGCAGCGGAUGAAGUCGAGAUCUCGCUGGCUUCGGAGAUCAGCGACUGGAUUUGCGACACCUUCAGUUACUACAAUGCGCAUUACCACUCGACGUCUGCUCCAACAGCCAUGGUGCUGUACUCGGUACUUGAGAAGCGGGAUGAUAAUGCAACGUUCCCGUUCCUCGACCUGCCGCCUGAGAUCAGAAACAGGAUCUACGAUGUGGUCUUCCGCUUCCUCAAAUCGGGUGUUUGCUUGGACACGGGAAGCGCAAAGAACGGCGCCCGAGUCCUCUCCAAAUCCCUCAACAACACGGACGUCUCCUGGCGUGACAGAAGCGGGCAGUUCCGGACCCAAUCUAUCCGUAAGAUCCUCUCACCACUGGCUACUUCCAAGCAGUUCCGCCAGGAAGCUCUGCCCUACUUCUACCAGGUCAACACUUUCGUCUUCCUGGACCAAGGAGAUAUGAAUGUCACUCUUCGGCGUCUACCAAAAGCUCAUAUCCCCUUCCUGCGCAGCAUCAAGUUCACUUACCUCGCUGGUGGAGCAUGUAAGCACGCCUUCUCCAUCCUGUCGAAGAUGACGGCGCUGAAGCAGUAA